CCGUCACGCCCACCGGGCCGUGUUGGAACUGCCCGUGCUGGAUCCUGCAGCCGGACUCGCUCUCCGGCGCCGCUAUGCGUGGGGAAUAACGUUAUUGCCGAGCAACGAAGACGGAGCUCUGGGGUUGGGCGGCGAGAGCUUUGUGCAUAGGCACAAAGGCACAUUGGAUAUAGAUACCCUAGCAACACAUCCGACAGCAGGAAAAAGGGAUGACAUAGGCCCCGAGCCGGGACGGCCCAGCGGACAGAGAUGAGCCUCACUUCCUGGUUCCUGGUGAGCAGCGGAGGCACCCGCCACCGCCUGCCCCGCGAGAUGAUCUUUGUGGGGAGAGACGACUGCGAGCUCAUGCUGCAGUCUCGGAGCGUGGACAAACAGCACGCCGUCAUCAACUACGAACCGGCGACGGACGAACACAAAGUCAAAGACCUGGGGAGCCUGAACGGGACAUUUGUGAAUGAUGUCAGGAUCCAGGAACAGAUGUACUUUACUCUGAAAAUCGAUGACAAGCUGAGGUUUGGAUAUGAUACCAACCUGUUCACCGUGGUUCGAGGGGAGCUACACGUACCAGAGGAGGCUCUGAAGCAUGAGAAGUUCAGCAGUCAGCUGCAGUUGCCUAAGAAGCCAUCUGAAGGUGAGACGUCCAAAUCGUCAGGACCCAAGACCGCAGCCGAGAGCAGCAAGGCAGCGGAGGCUAGCGCGGAGGGAGCUGCCAAACCCAGCGAAGACAAGAUGGCGGGAGACUUGGCCGCACUGCAUCGUGGGACGCCUCUGUACGGGCAGCCAUCUUGGUGGGGCGAUGGCGAUGCUGACGAUGAGAAUUCCUUCAAGCAGGAAGCCAGAACAACUGGCAGGAAACAGGAGAGUGGCACAUCAGACAGCAGAGAUCCCCAUAAGAGUAAGGAGGGGGGCAGCCUGUGCCCCGCAGGCCAGGAGCCCAGCUACUUUGAGAUCCCCACCAAGGAGUCUCUGAUGGCGGAGUGCAGCAUCCACGAGGUGCCCACCAAGGACACGGAGAGCGGGGUCGUCGCCCCGGCAACAGCCAGCGCCAGCACCGAGGCCGCCAGCCAGGGCCACGCCUCCUUCACCAUCGAGUUCGAUGACGCAUCCCCGGGGAAGGUGAAGAUCCGCGAUCACGUGACCAAGCACACCCCCGACGCCCGUGCCCCGGAGCCCCGGUUCCGCCCCCGGAGGUCCCCCCAGCAGGGAGGGGGCGAGCUCAGCACCCUGCAGGCCGCCAUGAUCGCCGCCGAGAGCAAGGUGGCCGAUUGGCUGGCCCAGAACGACCCGCCCCUCGCCCGCAUGGAGUCCACUGAGGAAGACAGCAAGAGCAUCAAGAGCGACGUACCUGUGCACCUGCACAGGCUCAAAGGGAGCAAGCACUCGGACGGCACGCAGAGCGACUCUGAGAACGGGGCGGGGCACCGCUUCAACACCAGGAGGGCGGCGCUAGAACAGCGUCUGCGGGCGGGGCAGCACGGGGGCAGCCAGGGGCAGGCGGGCUCCAGUAGGACCACCUUCACCAUCGAGUUUUACGACGAGGACAACCCCCGCAAGCAGCGCUCCUACUCCUUCUCCCAGGCGGCCGGCGGGGUCGGGGGCGUGGCAGGGGGCGCGGCCGGGGGCGCGGCCGGGGAGGGGUCCUCCAGGCCCAAAGGCUCCGCCCCCGCCGGAGACCACAGAGGCGGGGUCUCACCGCACGGCGCCGGCCGGCUGCCACUCAAGCAGAAAUCGGAGGAGGGCAGUCCGGCCUGGAGCUCGGCCAGCGUCGGGCUGCAGACCAGCCCCGGCGACGACGCCCCCAAACCCCCCCGCCCCGGCGACAGGGACCCCCCCGAGGACGAUCUGAGCGACAAGGGGACCUACACCAUCGAGCUGGAGAACCAGAACCCUGAGGAGGCGGAGGCGCGUCGGAUGAUUGACAAGGUGUUUGGCGUGGAGGAAGCUCAGGCGCCCGUCCGGUCGGGAUGCCAGGAGCACCAGCAGGAGGGGGGGAAGGAGCGCCCGAAAGCAGCUAAAGGGGAGCUGAGGAAAACGUACUACAUCGACUCCCAGACGGACGACUUUAUUGGUGUAGGCAGUCCCCGCUGGGUGUCUCAAUGGGCCAGUUUAGCUGCCAAUCACACCAGAACAGACCCGGAAGGUUCCGGAGGAGAGACUCCAGCAUUCGUCCAUCAUGAGAAAGCGGCCGAGCUCAGAGAGACUGGGGUCUCCGUUAAAGCCGCUCCGCCUGUGACCUCGCUGUCGAGCCACACCGAGCGCAAGCGGAGGACUCUCCCCCAGCCGCCCGCCGAGGAGAAGCCCCCCGGCACCCAGCGGGGGCCCCCGGGGCCCGGCCCACGCUCCGAAAUCGGGGAGAAGCAGGACACCGAGCCGCAGGAGAAGGAGAGCCAGUCGGAUCCGGAUCCCGUGGGCGUGGCUGGCCGGGCGGAGGGGGCGGCGGCUAAGGACCAGAAGGGCGUGACCCAGAGGGGCGGGGCCCAGAGGGGCAUGUCCUCCAAGCCGUCUUCGGGCCGAGCGGCGGGUGGCGGGGGGGAGAAGAGGGUGGAGGACGGGCGGAGGAGGCGGUCGGGGGAGAGGGCAGGCAAGGGGAGGGAGGACAAGCAGGGGAAGCCGCUGGUCCGGCAGGGCAGCUUCACCAUCGACAGGCCCAGCGGCAACGUGCCCCUGGAGCUCAUUCCCCGCAUCGGCCAGCAGGGCGGCGCGGCGGGGCCGCGGCGGGGCUCCUCGGGCAGCCUGGACACCUCGGCGCUGCUGAAGGACACGCAGGCCGUCAUGGCCUUCCUGGAGGCCAAGCUGCGCGACGACCCCCCCGCCGAGGGCGAGGUCUCCCCCGAGUCGGACAUCGACACGGCCAGCACGGUGAGCCAGGCGGCGGGCGAGGCCGAGCGCAAGGCCACGCCCAAGCGCCGCACCCUGUCCAGCCUGCACCGGGAGAAGAGCUCCGCCGGCUCGGCCGCCAAGGGCGGCGCCGCCGCCAACGCCAACGCCCGCGAGCGCCUGGAGAGGAAGGCCAAGCUCCGCCCCUCCGAGAGCAGGGCGGAGCCCCGACGCCCCGCCCAGCCGGGCCACCGCGGCCGCCAGCCCUCGCUGGACCUGACGGACGACGACAUCACUUCCUCCCUCCCGCACUCCGCCUUCUCGGACGUGCUCUCCUCCGACCAGGAGACGGGCUCCGCCCACGGGCUCGCCCGAGGCCCCGCCCAGUUCGCCUCCACCGACGACCUCCUGCAUUCCAAGUUCGAGUCGGGCAAGUCCGGGCGUUCCAAGGCCCCCCAGAGCCCCGCCCCGUUGCCGGGGAAACCGGCCACCCUCCCCCGGCCCCGCCCCACGCGGGCGUCUCUCCUGCGGCGGGCGCGGCACGGCGACGCCUCCGACACGGAGCUGGCGGACGCGGACCGGGUGUCGGUGGCGUCCGAGGUGUCCACUACCAGCUCCACGUCCCGGCCGCCGUCGGGCCGGAAGGUUCCGUCGCGCAUCGACGUCCUGGCGCAGCCGCGGCGGACCCGCCUGGGCUCGCUCUCCGCCCGCAGCGACUCCGAGGCCACGGUGGCGCGCGGAAGCCCCGCCCCCGCCCGCGUCUCCGCGGAAACGCUCCUCCGCCUCGGCCUGCGGGCCGGGCCCGCGGCCACGCCCAGGACACGCGCCAACAGCGUCUCCAAGCUGCCCGACGCCAAGGCCAAGCUCACCUCCCCCCCAGUGCACGGCUCCCCCUCAGAGAGCACCCAGCCCGUCCCUGAAAGUGCCCCAGCAGUGGAAGAGCCCCUGGCCAGUAAUCGUUGGAGACGCUUGCCACCGGAGUACGCCUCAACUUCAGAGGAUGAGUUUGGCUCCAACCGCCACCCCUCCAAGCACGCCCGGCUCCGCCCUGGCUCUGCCCAGAGAGGGGUGCGGCUGGGAGGCUCCGCCCCCUCCACGCCUGGCCCGGGGACCGGGAUGAUGAAGCAUCGUGCGAGGGAGCAGGAGGAGUACAUCCGAGACUGGACCGCCCACAGCGAGGAGAUCGCCAGGUUAUUUCCCUGUGUGCGCAGGAUCAGCCAGGACCUGGCGAAGGAUCUGGCAAUGCUGGCGCGGGAGAUCCACGACGUGGCGGGCGAGAUCGACUCUGUCAGCUCCUCUGGCACCGCGCCCAGCACCACAGUAAGCACCGCAGCGACCACGCCCGGCUCCGCCCUAGACACCAGGGAAGAGCUGGUGGACCGUGUGUUCGACGAGAGCCUGAACUUCAGGAAGACCGCGCCCACCGUCCAGCCCAAAGCCCCUGAGAUCAACGGGCGCCCCGUGGAACUCCGCCCCCGCGCCCCUGACGGACAGGACCCCCAGACCGCCAUCCGCCGCCGGACCUGGAACCGAGACGAGGCGGUGUUGGACAGUUUGCUGCUGACUUCCGUGUCGCAGCUGUCGGCCAAAAUCCGCCAGAACGUGGACAAAACGGCCGGGAAGAUCAGGAUACUGUUCAAGGACAAGGACAGGAACUGGGAGGAGAUCGAGGGCAAGCUGAAAGCAGAGGGCGACGUGCCACUUCUCAAAACUUCCAACAAGGAGAUUGCAUCAAUCCUGCAGGAGCUGAAGAGGGUGGAGAAACAGCUACAAGUGAUCAACGUGAUGGUGGAUCCGGACGGUACUCUGGACGCCCUGGUGAGCCUGGGUCUGACCAGCCCCACCCUGCCCAAACCCAGGACCAGCCCCGGCGCCCAGGGGCCCCUCCCGGGAAACGGGGCCGCCAGGGGGCCCCUGAUCUCAGCACCCUCGGAGGAGUCGGAGCGAGACUUCAGCCUCCCCCUGAACCGCUUCACCCCCAGCGGCGAGGAGAACUCCCUGACCCAGGAGUGAGGGAGAGAGGCCCUGCCUCUCAGAGCCACGCCCCCACCCCCCCUCCCCCCACAGUCACGCCCACCUUUGCAGAGAGGCUCUGUAUCUUCGCUGACGACUUGAUCCCUACGUGUCUAACAGGGUUUGGAAUCAAUUCCGCUUCAGUUCAGUCAGUUCAGAAAAUCAAUUGACAUCAGUUCGUUGAUUGGAAAAAAAAUCCCCAUAGAACAGUAUGGGAAAUUUUUCUUGGCUGAUCAUGAAUAUUUUUUUGUCUGAAAAGAAGCUUGCCCCCCCCCCCAACCUUUCUCCACGUUGGUACUCCGUCGCUGUGGAACACCAGUAUCCAGUCCAGCAGCACCAAUGAGAAGCAAAAUGAGGACUUGCCGUUCGACUCACUGCCAGUCAAUCACCCCUGGACCACCCAGGGGGCGGUAUCUGCUAAGCCACACCCACAGCACGCACGACCACAACUGGAGACCACAACCGCAACCUCUUCAGGAUUCCAAAAAGCCUGUCUGGCCAGAAGGGGGGUAUUUCACCUGUCUGUCCGUCCCCACCACAGCCCCCCGUGCCAAUAAACAGUGGCUCCUGCUUCCUUUAAAUAAACAAAUAAACCAGCUUUUUAAAGCUUUUUAAAUUCAUUAAAGAUAGUGCUGCAUGUAGCAUUAUAGUGACUCUGGGGCACCAACAUCAGCCCUCGGUCUCAGAUCAGUGACAGCUUGUGGAUAUUUGUGUCUGUAAACCGAAAAAAAAAAAAACAUAUACUUGUAAAAGUAGAUGAUACCAAUGUUUGCAGCUGUGGUCGUUCUAAAGAAGGAUACUUGUCCUGUUAGUACAAAUCGAGACUUUAGGAGGCAAGCGAAUGUUAGACAUUAGCUACGAGUUGUGUGUCAGUUUAUACCCAAACUAGCGUGGAUUACGGCAUGGGUUAUGUGCUGCCAAUCCAUUGAUUGUACAUGUAAUGCAAGUAUUUCAAAUGACUUCUCUUUUCGUUCGGUUUUGUAUAAGACAAACGGAUCUUUGUCGCAUACGAAUUGCAUUCAGCUGUUGUGAAAUCAACUGGUCAUGUAGCUUACCCAGCUUGUUCAAGCUGUUUUUGAGAGCAAAACGAACAUCUAAUAAAAAUAUUGCUUGAUCUGAACAUAUUUUUCAGACCAUUCUGAAACAUGGAGUUACACCAUACUUAAUUGCCUGAUAAAAAUAUAUUUAUGGUAUGAAAAUGUUUUUUAAAGAUUUUUUAUCUUUUUUUGUUUGCUUGGGUAGUUUUUUCUUUGUCACCAUAACUGACUCUGUUCUUUGUGAACCAUUAAGUAUUUGACUUGCCUUUCUGACAGGAAGUACAUGAACAGCAGUUUCCUUUAAGAAAGAAGUAAACUUCCCAGGGAUAAGACAAGAGAGAAACGACAGUUAUGAUGCCAUUUUACUGACAGAAAACACUCCACAACCGGUGGACAGAAAAUGUUUUGAGACCGGUCAGGUGCUAACGCAACAAGCAACAAUCAGCACAUCUUCCAUUCAGUGUGAAUGGCUGCGCUAUGGAUUGUGGGUAAUUUUGCUACAGUGCUCAGCCUUUAACUGGCUGAAAAAAAUUAAUGGAACUCAAUUGUAAACUUCAUUAAGGGUGCUACAUACACCCUGAUAAGAAUUAGAAAUCUUUUAUUCCCAUUUUUUCUUUAUGCAUGAAGAAAACUUGUCUGCCGCAAUGUACGGUCUUGAGGUGAGACAACAAAUAUUUCUCCAUGCUAAAAAAAAAGAACAUUUUUAUAACACAAGUACUAACAGAACAGUACUGACUGUGAUUCCUGGAUACUUUCUGGCUACUUCCGGGCAAUCCCCUCAAUGAUCCAAGUAUUGCCAGGAAGUAUCCACCAGUACUUUUGUUUCCAAAGUACUUUCUGAUUGGCAGACCUCCUCUCUGGUUUCUACCAGUAAAAUGAUGUCAUAGUGGAUUCUGUUGUGUCCCUGUUUUGUUAUCCCGGAAGCUUACCUUGUUCUAAUCAUUGUUGCACUGAAAACAACCAAUUUAUAUGCUAUGUUGUGUCAAAUGUAGUAAGAAAUCCCUCCGUGCGCUUUUUUAUAAAGAGUUUGUGUUCACGCUUCAGUUGCUGUGUUUGAACCUGGGACGCUGAACCCCAGGACCUCCUGAUAACCUGACCUGUGGAGGACUACACAUUUUAAAGCUCGAUUUAACAGACUGGCUCAAAACUCUCAACAGCCGCGAAUCGGCGUCGUCCAACGGCGUCGUCUUUGCAAAUAUAAUUUACUGGAAUCAUCCUGUGUUGUACAUUCAACAGAAACUGUAAUUAAAACCAAACGGAUUUAACCGCAUACUGACCUAUAGCCCAUAGCAGCCCUUUUGAUUUUGCUUGUAUUAUGUCAUUAUGAACCACUCUGAUAUUUACAGAAGGAUACGCACACGCACACACACACACACACACACACGCACAGCCUGCAGCUCAUCUGUAGUUACAGUACAGCCAGGUUGUGCAGAAUGCUUUGUUCUGGGUCUUUCCACAUGAAGCUGUUUGCAGCUGAUGGAAAGUCUUGUUCAAUGCUCUGCGUCACUUAGAGACUUAAGCAAUAGUGAGAAUAGGUACCAGAAAAAGAAAUGCUGUUUUUUGUUGUCGUUGUUGUUGUUAGUUUAUUUAGUUAUUUUUUUUAUUUUUCUCUCUCUUUGGUUUCCAAGUGUAUAGUAUGACGUCACUAAGUGCCCAGUGUUAAGCUUGAGAAAGGGAGAGGCAGCUUUCCUGAUGCAUGUCCAUUAUUUACUGUCUGCCCUCCGUUGAUCCACAGGACAUUUUUAACGGUGUUACAGGUUGUUUUGACCUUACGGUGUGUACAGCAGGUGCGUGGGAGACUGCGAAAAAAAAAGUAGGAAUAAAAAUGACCAAAACUAUACAGCACUUUGUUAUUCUUU